CAAACAAACACGUGAGUCGCUCAGCUUUGCUGCCGACAGAGGUUAAAGUUACACACGACAUGAGAGGACGGAACAAAAGAAAUGUCCGUAGAGAAAAAAGCGAAGAAGCUGGGUUCUCUCCUUUGUCGGGGGAAACCGCGGCGGGCUUGGCCGAGCCAGACGCACCUGUCCCAGGUGCUACAGACUGUGAUGUGCGCGGCACUAAAAAAGGUGGCAGAUGUUCCAUUUAUGGCAACAAGAAGGUCUACCUCGGAGUCCGCGUCAGAAUGCCAGUGAAAGAUCUGCUGAGAAACUUCCGUCUGUCUCAAGGCUGGGGCCCUCAAGAUUUGAAGAAGCAAUACGGCAAAACAGCAAAAGGAGACUUAAAACGUGCUAAAUCUCGCUCAAGAUGUCAAACUGUCAAGGUACAACAGCCCUCAAAAAGCCUGGAGGAGCUGUCAAUCAUCGUUGAGGUGCUGGAGGAGGAUCUCAGGACUGGCAACAGCCACCCCUUCUCUCCCCCACCCCUGUCCCCCACUGACUCACCAGUGUCUCCUCAGCUGUCUCCAGAUGAAAUCAACAGCGACAAGUACAAUGAAAUUAUUCCCAGCCCCCCAUCCUACAUGACUCACUCACCAGGCGCAGCAGAUUAUCACCAGGCCCCUCCUGGCUUCAUGUUUCCCAGCUGUGCACCCUUGCGCUUCGGAAUUCUGAGAAAAGAUUGUGAACGACGGGAGGAGUGGUUUGAUCCUGAAAACCACAGCUAUAACGUGAAUAGCUCAACUUUUUUCUGGACACAGCUGCAGAAGGAGGAGGGCCAGCUGAGGGAUGUCUCCGAUGCAGAACUGCUGGCUGCUGAUGAACAUGGCAGGACAGUUCUUCAUAAAGUAGCUUGUGUUGGAAAGAGGGCACUGGGCUGUGCCAUUGCUAAAAGGAUGGCUGCAGUGAACAGCCUGGACCUGAAAGACUCAGAUGGAAUGACUCCUCUUCUCUACGCAUCAAAGUACAACCACCACCUGAUGGUGGCCGAUCUGAUCUAUUUGGGAGCCAAUGUCAAUGAGACGAACAACGCAGGAAAAUCGUGCCUCCAUCUCAGUGCUGAGAAUGGCUACACCAGAGUCCUAGAGGUUUUAAAACAUGCAAUGAUGGAUGGUGUAUAUGUUGAUGUCGAAGCUACCGAUAACUCUGGAAUGAGUGUCCUACAGUGUGCUUCGAUUGCUCUAAAGGCCACCAUGUGUGAGGUGGAAAGCAACAAAUCUCUCAGCCAUAGCAAACUCCACACGCUCCGCCAAGAGCAAAUGAUGGAGACUCUGGAGUGUGUGCUGCAGAUGGGUAGCUUCCUUCAUACCAUGGGGUGGCAGCAGAUGCAGCCCAGACUUGGCUAAGCACUUGCUACAUCUGCCCGGCAGGGCAUUUUGGAGAACCCGACAGUAAUGUUUUGAGUUGAUUCAGGCUUGCAUUUGUCUUAGAGAGGCUAAAAUUGAUGGUGUUUUUUGCUCUCUCUAUGCAUGGGUUCAGGCCUGUUAUGUAAACAUCUGAUAUUCUGUGUGUGGUAAAAAUGCCUGACUUGCAAUCAGGUGUUUAUUAUAACCAGCACAGAAAUGUUAGGUGCCCAUUAGCUGGUUUCUAUGAAACUUCCAUUGUUUGUUACAUUGGAGUAACAAAUUAUCCUCGAAUAAGGUGUUCCAGGUGAUUCCAAUCUAAAAUCUAUCUAAUGUUCUUUGACGUGUUAAUGUAACACAGCUCUUUCAGGACAGAUGUGACAGUUCUGUAUUGUUUGUUUGUUUUUAAUUGUAUUUGCAUUCUUUCUUAGGAACAAGCCAUAGAAAUUACAUGUUGGAUCUUCAGUCUCUUAAAUCCACCAGUCAAGGGUUAGGGGUAGGGUUUGGACUUGGUUAACAGCUGGUCCUUUUUCUAAAAUUUUCACCUAUUUGAAACACUCAGAACAGAAUAGGAAACACUGUCACUUCAAAAUGCAUGUAAAAGACUCCAUACAAAAUGUAACAUUGUCUUGUUUCUUACAAUUUGCCUGUGUAGCAUGGGGCUAAAAACAAAAUCCAACUCUAAAUCUAGGUGGGUUGUAAGUGACGUGGUGGAUUAUAAGAGGCUAAGAGACUGUAACACUAGAGGACAUUAAGUCGUGCGUGGUGAUGGGGAGUAAAUGAUUACAUUUGACUGUACUUACAUUUAAAAAAAAUACUGAUUAUGUUAAAUGAUUUAGCGUAUUAGGGUCAGAUAUGAUCCAAUGUAUUGCGUCAUUGGAGCGUUUUCAUUUAUUAUUAAUCAAGAUUUGGAUAAACAGCAUUUUUUGCCAUCUUUUGAGUAAUUAGAAGAAUAUUAGUUAAAUCUUGUUUUGCUGGAUGGAAAUCAGUGGAGUGCAAAGUGCUGUAAAAAACAAAAUGACACAAUAAAAUCCAGCUACGCAAGGAUGGGAAAAAGACCAAAAUGAGAUGAAAGCUCUCCAGCAUAAAUCAUUCUUUAAAGGGAGAUUCUGAUGGUAAUGUGUAAAUAUGGUUAUAGUACUAACUUUACUGAAAUAUUAGGAAUACAGUGAUUAUACAUGGGCUGAACAUUGGUAAUGUUUAUCUGUUUUGUCAGGUCUUUUUUUAUGGCUAAAGGCUCAAAAGUCCUAUUGACCUUCCUGUGUAUUAUCAUGAUGAUGUGGUUCAUGUAAUGAUUUUAAAGGACUUGGUAAUUGCACACUUGUACUGUAGGGGAGUCUUUAAAUUAAUCUGAAAUCCAUCUUUUUUGGGUAUUUGUGGAUGUUUUGUCAAACAUCUUUUUUAAUUUAUUGGGUUGAGGUUUAACAAUUUAGCUUAGAAUGUAUCCUAAGUUUUCUAAUAGUGGUGAUGGGCGACAGCAUAAAUAUAACAUAUUAAAGCAAAAAAAUCUUUUUGAACUAUUUCUCAUAGAUUGUUCUUUUUUUAAGUCUGUUUUAAUAUUUAGUGACUUGUUUUUUAAUGUUUUUAUGCCUGUGAAGCCCUUUGAACCUACACGUGAGAUUGGGCUGUAAACAAAGAGGUUUCAGGUAAUUUUACAUGUAUAUAAAUGUCACCCAUUUUGUGAUAGAACAUUUUCAUAAACCAUCAUACCACUUAAAUUAUUUAGAAAAAUAAUACGAAGGCUGCAAAAUAGUUUAUAACAGACACUCUAUAAUCAAGACAGUUUGUUAGGAUGCAUACAAUGGCAUGUCAGAUAAUAAAUAAUCUCAGUAUUAUUAUUGAGAUUAUAAUCUUAAAUAUUAAAUCUUUAAAUGCUAUCAAAUAUUAAAUCUUUUUAUAGAAUUUAGUGCAGAGGACAAUGAGCUGGACAGCAAAAGCUUUGAGUAAUAACCUACAAAUAAAAUAAUAUAUUUUUCUUUUCUUUCGAGCGUAAAAUGAAUCAUCCAGUUAUGAAACAGAUGAUGAAUAGCUUGAGUUUUCUUCAGAAAAAUGCAUUCAGUCAGGAUGUCUGCUGUUACUGCAAACAACAUGCUUGCAUUGUGAAUCACAAACACUUUGGCACGGUUCCUUUUGGAGUGGCGUGACAGGACUUGGUUCAGUCACUGGUUUUAUAGCUUUCUUAAUGACAGAGCUCUGGCUCUGAAAGAGAAGAAAAACGAGCGCACAAAACAAACAGUUCCCAACCACUCGUUGCAGCAGCAGUUCUUACAACUCGCAAAACAAUCCUGAUGCAGUGAAGGCCAAGAUGUUUGCGCUUAUGUGCAUUUUGCAGUGCAAUUCCAUGGGUGGGAAUGGUUCUUUUGUUGGGCCCGCUCUGAUCCACAGAGAGGUGUCUUUGACACCCCUGAUUGAAAUAAUACUUUUUUUUUUUAAAUGUGACUUUUUUAUUUUAGAUAAUAAAUGCCUUACCUUAUAUUUGCCAAAUUCUUUAAUGUAGAGUACUAAAUCUAGAUAUUAAUAAUCAAAAGGUUUAUGUAUUCAAAACAAAACACCUUCCUAUACUGUAAAAGUGACAUUUUUACUGGCAUUUUAAUAUGGGACAUUGUAUAACAAACAGGGAUGCUUAACUAGAUGCUCUUUUGUAAGUGCUUUCUUCUAAUCAGGGAUAUCAACUUUCAUUUUAUCGCAAAUUUUUGGACAUGUGCUUUUCUAAUGAAUACCUGUGGAGAAAAUGGUUAAGGGGUUGGUUUUCUAUCUGAGUGAGUGUCAUUUUUUUUUUGUGUGCUUAAGGUAAAAAUGUGGGUUUAUUGUUUAAAUCUCAUAGGAAGUCACCAAGGACUUAUUUGUUGGUGCCAGAAUUAUACAAUUGGUUUUUUUUGUGUUGCACUAAAAAUAAUGUAAUGUGUGGUGAAUCAUGAAGCAUGUCAUGUUUCGGGAGAGCUAUUAUUGUUGUGUUAUAGUGUGCUAGACACACACAGACUUAUAAUUUUGUAAUUCUGUAUGAUUUUGCAUUUUAAGGAGCUUAAUAAAAUUUGGGGUUCUGUAAAAAUA